AUGCUGGCUCAUGAUUAUCAUGUCGGCUGGAUCGCUGCCCUUCCCCUCGAGGGCGCUGCUGCUCUGGACAUGCUAGAUGAGGAGCACGAGCCCAUUCAACAAGCUGCUCAAGACGACAAUAAUUACUUUUUGGGAAGGAUCGGCGCGCAUAAUGUUGUCAUUACAAUACUACCUUACAUGGGCUCCGUACCAGCAGCCGUCGUUGCGGCACAAAUGCGGAACACCUUCCCUUCCCUUCGAUUUGUUCUCCUCGUAGGUAUUGGUGGCGGUGCCCCGACAGCAACUCAUGAUGUUCGCCUAGGAGACGUCGUCGUGAGCCGUCCAGCCGGGCAAUAUAGCGGUGUAAUUCAAUAUGAUUUUGGGAAAACCCUACACGAGGGUCGCUUCAAAAUCACCGGUUCACUCAAUCGUCCGUCGGCGAUACUAUUGACCGCAACCUCAAGCCUAGAAGCACGCCAUCGGCGUUCAGGGAAAUCCCAAAUCAGCGCAAUUCUUGAGGAUGUCAUUCAGAAAAAUUCGAACCGCGAGGAGGCUUGUCGUCCUCCGACAAAUGGCCUCGAUGAAUUGUUCGAGUCGUCCUAUGCUCAUCCAAAUCCAAACAAUCGAACCUGUGAUGAAUGUGAUCGCCGCAAUUUAGUGAUUUCUCGGCCUUUGCGAAGCACUUCACAGCCCAGAAUACACUAUGGCUUGAUUGCAUCUGCCAAUCAGGUAAUGCGAGAUGCGCUGACAAGAGAACGGCUAAGUCUUGAGCUGGACGUUCUCUGCUUUGAGAUGGAGGCCGCUGGCUUGAUGAAUUAUUUCGAAUGCUUAGUUAUUCGUGGCAUUUGCGACUACUCAGAUUCUCACAAGAACAAACAAUGGCAAGAGUAUGCAGCUGCCACUUCCGCUGCUUAUGCGAAAGAACUCCUGAUGACCAUCCCGCCUUCUUCUUCAUUCCAAGCAAAUAUGCCCGAUAGGAGUCAUGACUCUGGGAUGGCAGGGAACUUUCAAGUGAAUUCAAUGCAACCUUCUCAUCAAGUUGCAAAUUCAGUUAAUGCCCAGUUUGCCACCCAUCAUCUCAACGCAAUGUACCCUCACGCGAAGAGAAUCAGUCGAGAUGCUGCUGAAUCAGCCUGUCUUAAGUCGCUCUGGUUUACCGAAAUGGACGCUCGUCGAGAAAAUAUUGAACGUGCUGCCGACGGAACCUGUGCUUGGCUGAUGGACCAUCCAGAGUAUCAAGCCUGGGCUGCCCAGAAACAUGCGCUACUUUGGAUUCUUGGGAAACCCGGAGCGGGUAAAAGUGUGCUCCUCGAUACCCUGGUCCAAGCUGUUGGGAAGAGAAUGGACGACAGCGUCAUCGUUGCCUCAUUCUUCGUCCAUGGUCGUGGUACCCAGCUACAGAAAUCACCUGCUGGGCUCUAUCGGUCUAUCCUACACCAGAUAUUGACAAAAGCCGAGAUUCUUCGCACCCAACUGACCGAGCUCUACCUAUUGAAGCAAGAUACCCAGGGGGAGUAUGGGAAGGCUUGGAACUGGCAUGAGAAAGAGCUGCUCGAAUUUCUUGAAACAAGAGUGAAAGAGCACACGACCAAGUCUAUCACGAUCUUCGUUGAUGGCCUGGACGAAUUUGGUGAAGAAAUGGCGCGAAAGCUAUCAGCAGAACUCUGGAGCUUAACAAAACCUGGUCGCGGAGACCGCUCGGCCAUUAGCAUGUGCAUAGCCUGCCGCCAUUACCCUGUUAUGGACCUUUUUGGCGCCCCCCAAAUCUGCGUCGAGAACCAAAAUUCAGACGACAUUUCCAAAUUUGUGCAAGCUACUCUUGCAACUGUUUUCGUCGAAACGGAUGCGCAGAAUGAUAUCCAGGCUGAAAUUCUGCGCAAGGCAGGAGGCAACUUUUUGUGGACAGCGCUCAUCCUCCCACAAAUUGCACGCAAAGGGCUCAGUGGAUACGGUCUAGAGACACUCCGUAAGGAAAUUCAAAAUAGCUCUCCCGAACUCCGGCAGCUGUACAAAGAAGCACUGGACAAGAUUCCUUUUUCCGAAAAGAUGUAUGCGCUGCAUCUCUUUCAGUGGGUCUGUCUUGCGGAGGAGCCACUAUCUCCGGUUCAAAUGCGAUACGUCCUUUCCUUUAAUUCAUUGGCUCCUGCAAGAGAUCUGGCGAAAUGGGCAGCUUCAGAAAACUAUGUCAGCACAGACGAGCAACUAAUCAAGUUGAUCAAAGCGCUAUCGGGUGGCUUGGUGGAGAUUACCGGAGGGGCGAAUAUAAACACUGCCACCAUUCAAUGCAUCCAUCAGUCAGUCAAAGAUUAUUUUCUACAGCAAGGUCUGCAAGACCUCGAGCAAUCCAUUGGACAGGAUCAGUUACAGCUGGGACCAGAGUACACCAUCGCACGUGCUCAUGAAUUAAUGUUCAAGUGUUGCAUGCAAUACAUCCUCACCAGGGAAGUCAAUCAACUCCUUGUUAAGGAGGCACAGGAGAAAAAGGCUCAGUACCCACUUCUCCAGUAUGCUGUGACCAGGUGGCCCUCACACUUGAAAAAGGCCGACAUCGACGGUGCAGUGGAACGAAGUCUCUUGAAAUAUUUCCAGUGGCCUAGCCCGAAUCGCUUGCAAAAAUGGCUCCAGUUAUGCUCUUUAGACUCUCGCGCCUGCAAACUCCAAGGAGGGGCGCAUAUACUACAUGUUGCGGCGUAUUAUGGCUUCUCCCACCUCAUAGAUGCGAUCGUUGCUCACAGAUCAUACAAGGACAGCAAUCCCGAAGACUUGGAAGGUCGGACUCCACUCAUUUAUGCUGCAGCAAAUGGACAUAUUCAAGCAGCCACGUCCCUCAUCAAGAACGGUGCGCAUGUCAAUGCUCUGGACAUCCAACGACUCUCUCCGUUGUGGUGGGCAGCGACCGGCGGAUACAUGGACCUGAUGGACGUGUUGAUCGACCAUGGUGCAGAUCUAGAUAUCCAAGACAACUGGGGCCGUACAACACUAUUGUGCGUUGCAGCAAAUCUCAAUGAGGAGGCAGUAGAGAUCUUGUUAUCGAAUGGGGCGGAUCCUAGUAUACAGGAUAAUUCUGGACGGUCACCACUUUAUCGGACACUCUACAACCUUUUUGACUCUUACUACGAAGAGGAAUCUACUGCCAGCAAUAUUGUGGAAAGGCUCCUCGAAAAUGGUGCACAGCCGAGUAAGAAGAUGUCAGAAGAUGACACACUGUUGAGGUUCGCGAUACAAUGCGAUCUAAGUCGUAUUCUCGAUCUCACCUUGGAACUCGAUCAAUUUGCACAUGACAGUGGGCGAAGAACACUGGCCUUUCUACAAGCUCUAUUUGCUAGGAAAGCUUCAACAGCCAUCAAGAUUGCUAAACUAGGGAUCGACGAACAGAAGUUCAUAGACAGCACUGGAUACACCCCGUUCUACUACACCCUUGUCAUACACUGUCAAAAUGUUGCAGAGGCGUUACUUGCAGAGAGAGCUUGCGACCCCAACGGUCGAGGCGUACAGGGCCCGACACCUCUAAUUGCGACUGCACAACAAGGGCUUGUCGAUAUGAUGAUAUCUUUGAUCGAAAUGGGUGCGACAGUGGAUGGACGGGACCCAGAAGGCCGGACCCCUUUAUCUCAUGCAGCAGAGUGCGGGCAGCUAAAUGCGGCCCGAUUCCUUGUUGCAAGCAACGCCGCAUUAAAUCUUUCAGAUGCGGAGGGGAGAACUCCGCUGAUGUGGGCAGCGGAAGGUAGGCACCAACUUAUUGUCGACCUGCUCCUAGAGCAUGGUGCGGUCCGAGAUCAAGUUGACGCAUUGGGCCGGACCGCGUUGUUUUGGGCUGCGAAGGGUGGCCAUGAUAUGGUAAUAAGAUCAUUAAUCAAAAAUAAUGCGAACCUAGAGCACCGGUGCUCCUUGGGCAAAACUGUGCUCUGGUGGGCUAUCAUGCAUCAUCAAUUAGACGCAGCGAUAAUUUUGCUGGAUGCCGGCGCGGAUCUAGACGCCAUCGAUUUGAAUCGGCAAACUAUUCUCCAAUGGGCAGUUUCUGCAGACUAUUUUGAUGGGGUUGAACUUCUCCUCGAACGCGGCGCAAACGUCGAACUCCAGGACCACAAGCGACAAACAGCGCUCCUCAUAGCAACGAGCAAUGGUUAUACCAACGUCAUGAGGCUUCUUCUUAAAAACGGAGCAAGUCCAAAUGUGCAAGAUCCCGACGGCUUCACUCCACUGAUGAUUGCAAUCAGAAAGGGUUUGACAGAUGCUAUCGACGGUCUUUGCAACUCUAGACAAUUAAACAGUGAAGACUCCACUGGGCGCACGCCUCUUCUAUACGCAGUGAUGACUGGAAACGAAGCCAUUGCCAAAUGUUUAUUGAACAAUGGAGCCUCUGCCGACUACCGAGGAUAUCAGGGUAGAAGCCCACUCUCAUUCGCCAGUCAAUAUGGGUACGAGAGACUGGUCGAAAUGCUCUUGGCGGCCAAUGUCGAAAUCAAUGGGCAAGAUCCAAAUGGCCGCACCCCACUUUGGUGGGCGGCCGCUUACGGGAGAAGCGAGGUUUUGAAAGUCUUGCUCGACAAAGGCGCCGACGUGAGAAUUCCCAGCAAGUCUGGUGAUUCUCCCUUAUCCAAAGCUGUCGAUGGUGGUGACACCGAGACGACCUCUCUGCUCCUGAGGCACGGAUCAUUGGUAAAUCUAGCGGACUCUGAACUCAGCUCUUCACUUUACGGACUUGCCACAGACAACGGUGACGCUCCGAUGGUGACGUUGUUGAUUGAGGAGGGACUCAACUAUUCGGAUGUUGAGUUGCCUUCGGGACGCACGCUGUUGGAAUGGGCCGUCAGAACUGGCCAGCUUGAGGUGGUGAAGACGCUAGCUCACCAUGGAAUCGAUCUCGACGCCCCUUGUAACAAUCAAGGCCUCACUGCUCUCGAUUUGGCCUUCGACCGUGGGCAUAAGAAUAUUGUCAAUUUCCUCAUGACAGGAAAAUCAACCUGA